CAGGGAACUGCACUAGUUUAGCGUUCCACCGUGAGGCAGUAGAGUGCUCCUUUACAACCCGUUCAAUGCUUCAGAUUCAGGCCAGUGGAUCACAGUCAUUCAUCUGUGCUCCUGGGAAGCUGGAACAACGCUGCCCAUUACGCAGAGACCCGACACACUGCUAUUACCAAAGUGACCUGCGUGUUUUUCCACUCGUUUGCCUUCAGUUUGAAAGGACUGUCAUGUCCGAGCACAAGAAAGACAACAGUUCACUCGUCAUCUGAGUGCGCAAAAACAACAAUAUUAAAGGAAUGAACCGCGUGCCGUUUGAACAGGUGCAUCCCAGAUCACCACCACCAUCAGAAAAGUUCUUUUACUGACUCGCUGUGGAAAUGGAUUACCAGCUGCUGGAUUUCAUGCGACUUUUCAUGCAAACUCUGUUUCCAAACGGACAGUGAAGGAGAUCUCUCCAAACUCAACUGACCAUGCACUGGGACAUGCAUCUUCUAACUAUGGAUAACUAACCUGCCUUUACACACACUACUAAACAUGAAACCCCUUUGGAAUCCUCAGUUUGUGAUGGUGAUAUUGAAGUGCGCAAUGGUCUUGUUUCCUGGAUUCCUGCAGGGCUUCACAGAGUCCAGAUGUGUUGGUCGUGCUUGCAGCCCUCCUCUGGGUAACUUGGCCAGUGGCAGGACCCUUUUCACGCUGACUAGCUGCUGCACUAAUAGCUCUUCCUGCCUGCCAGCCCAGCCACGCUGUCUAGCAGAGCUUCAUCCUCCUGCCCUCAUGGCCGAUGACCCGUUUAUUCAUCCAGAUACCUGGUGGGCCUCAGCGGCGGCCACUGGAGAAAAGGAAGAAAUCCGUCUUGACUUGGAGACACGGUUCUGCAUGAGUCACGUUGUGAUGUUGUUCCGUUCUCCACGUCCUGCUGCUAUGAGGUUGGAAAGCUCACAGGACUUCGGCCAGACCUGGGAGACACUAAAGCUGUUUGCCAGGAACUGCACUGAGAUGUUCGGGCUUCCUGAUGAUGUAAGUCAAGCAGGAGCUGUCUGCACUUCCAGAUAUUCCAAGGCGGUCCCGUGCAGCCGAGGAGAGAUCAUAUUCCGAUCCAUAGGAUUGGGAAGUGGGAUUGUCGAUCCAUACAGUCCUGAGGCGCUAUCCCGUCUGACAGUAACUAACUUACGAAUACAGCUUUUAAAAUCUCAACAGUGUCCCGUCUCGAAGGGGCAGCGGAGCGUCCCGCCCUUUUUACCCACAAUUCACAGCAGGAUGCUGACUUCUCCCACACCCAGUUCUGAUCCCCUGGAUUCAACCCCAUUUGCUGUGUACUCUCUUUUGGCUAAAGGGACGUGUUUGUGUCAUGGCCAUGCUGAACAUUGCCUUCUUGAAAAUGAAGGACAAGACAGCUUGCAACCCAGUAAUGUGGUGUCUGGCAAGUGUGUGUGUACCCACCACACAGCGGGCGAUCACUGCGAGAGGUGUACCCCGCUCUUCAACGACCAACCCUGGAGAGCAGCCAAUGGAAGCAGCGGGGAGAGCAACCCAUGCCAGAAGUGUGAAUGUCACGGCCACGCAGAGAGCUGCCACUUCUCCCAGCGAGUGUGGCUGUCCACAGGGGGCAGUAGUGGGGGCGUCUGCGACAACUGCCAGCAUAACACUGUGGGCCGCCGGUGCCAGCGCUGUCGCCCUGGAUACCACCGCCACCCUGCCAGACCCCUCAACUCCCCGCAUGCUUGCACACGAUGCUGGUGUGACCCAUUUGGUUCGGUGCCAAUAUAUUUCGGCGAUGAGACACCAUGGUGCCAUCCUAGAAGUGGACAGUGCCACUGUAAACCUGGUGCGGGGGGCACCACCUGCAGCCACUGUCUACCAGGGUACUGGGGCUUUGGAGAGGAGGGCUGCAAACCUUGUGUGUGCCCCUUGACCUGUGACCCCAUCACUGGUCAUUGCCUAGAUAGCAAAGGCAGUGUGAAGCUUUACAAUGUACCAAUUGGUGGGAAAAUUCCUGAACUGUCCCACUUUAAACCUCAAGAGGACGAGAGGGCGUGGCCUAAAGAACUUGCCGUCUCUGCACUGUACUAUACAGGGAAGUGCAGCUGUAGAGAAAAGAAGCUGAAAAGUGUGGCUGAUCUUUGCAAGAUAAAAUAUGCAUAUGUGAUCAAAGCCAGUGUGCUGUCAGCUCAUGAUAAAGGCACACACGCUGUUGUCUUGGUGAAGGUGAGGAAGGUCUUCCGUUCCGGAAAACUGCCCCUCUCCCAGGGCACACACAGUCUGUACCCACUCUCUUGGACCAGCCGUGGCUGCACCUGUCCCAUCCUCAACCCAGGUGGGAACUAUCUGCUGGCAGGUCCUGAGGAAGUGGACUCAGGGAGGCUACUGGUCACCAUGCAGAGUCUGGUAGUCCCUUGGACCCCCAUCCUGGGCUUUCAGGUCACAGAAGCACUGCAUCAGGGCUGCCUAUGAGCACAAGUUUACCCAAAUGUACAGUUGCACAACACCAUGGAAGUUUGUUUCCGACACAGAAUAAAAAAGGUAAUUGUGACAUUUCUUACAAUUCUGACUUUUUUUCCAUCAGAAUUCCAACUUUAUAAUUUGCAAUUGC